AUGCUGCUGAAGCCACCUGCACGCCCAAGAAAAGGUGCCAAUUGCUCCAGCGUUGGCAAUUCCUUUCAAACCAGAUCUACCGUUUCUCAUAAUGCUGCAAAUUGCAGACCAGUUGACACGAAGGCUAGACCCAAAGUCCGUGUUACAAACAAAGGUGCCGGAUCAAAUAGUCCCACAAAUAGCCCCAUAAGUCGCCCACUUGUCCUCAACAAGGGCAGUGAGGUCGUGAAGCUUCCCAAAAAGAGAACAACAACCAGAAGGUCUGUAGCUACUCAAACAGACGCCACCAAGGUGGCCUUUUUUAAAAGUCACACGAUGGGUACUCAAAGUUCAAGGGUUCUACCUGAAGUCGAGAAGCUCGUUACACCUCAAGCAUUGCCGUUUGAUUUCAUAGACGAGCUUCACCAAUUGAGUCAGCUCCGUCUAUAA